GGGAGCAGGAGCAGGGCCCGGCGGGGGCGGCGGGGAGCCGAGAGCCGGGCCGGGCGCCAAGCGCGAGCUGCCCGCAGGCGAGGCCAGCCAGACGGUCCGAGCACCCGCACCCGCGGCCUUGGCUCGGGCUCCCGGGGCCGCGGCGGGGCGGGCGGGCUCGGAGCGAAGGUCGCGCGGGCGGUCAGGGGGCAGCGAUCCCGGCCUCCCAGCCACCUGGGGUUCCCCCCCAUCUCGGACCGGGCGCCCUUCCGCAACCGGGUGGCCGCGGAGCUGGACACGGCCCCUCGCGCCCCGCUCCCGAGAGGCAGGAGCCCCCGCGACCGCGGCGACGUGGGGAGGGGGCGUCCGACCGCGCGCCGGGGGGCGGGAGGGGGCUCGAGGGUGGGAUUCGAGGGACGCCGCGGCCCCGCCCCCGCCCCCCCUUCCCCCGGGAGCCCGGGGAGCCGGGGAGCAUGGACCAGACCCCGCCGCGCGCGCACCAUGACGCUCGCUUGCUUCGCGCUGUCUCUGCUCCUAGGGGCGCUCCCCGGAGGGGCCGGCUCGGACCCGGUCCUUAGCUACCCCCUCCGCCUCCGCCCCCGCCACCCGCCCCCUCCGGGUCCCCGGUACCUCUCCCACGGCCCCAGCGGGCAACGGCGGCCCAGGACGCCCCCGCCGCUCCCGUUCCUGACCCUGCUGGCCGCCCGGCGCCUCCCGCACGCGCCCACGGACCCGCACAUGCGGGGGCCGCACCCCCAGGGCUGCCCGGACGGCGAGUCCCCGCUCAACCACACGGACUUCGGCGCCCCGUGCCUGCGCUGGGCAGAGGUGCCUCCCUUCCUCGAGAGGUCGCCCCCGGAGGCCUGGGGGCAGCUGCGAGGACAGCGGCACAACUUCUGCCACAGCCCCGACGGCGCGGACCGCCCCUGGUGCUUCUACGCGAACGCUCGCGGCAAGGUGGACUGGGGCUACUGCCACUGCGGACGUGGCCCAGCCAUUCCCAUCAUCCGCCUUACUGGAGGGAGCAGUGCGCAUGAAGGCCGGGUGGAGCUAUACCAUGCUGGUAACUGGGGCACUGUGUGUGAUGACCAGUGGGAUGAUGCAGAUGCGGAGGUGGUCUGCAGGCAGCUGGGCCUCAGUGGCAUUGCCAAAGCCUGGAGUCAGGCAUAUUUUGGGGAAGGAUCUGGCCCUGUCCUGCUGGAUGAAGUUCGCUGCACUGGGAAUGAGCUUUCUAUUGAACAGUGCCCAAAGAGUUCCUGGGGAGAGCAUAAUUGUGGCCAUAAAGAAGACGCUGGAGUAUCCUGCACCCCUCUAACAGAUGGGGUCAUCAGACUAGCAGGUGCAAAAAACAGCCAUGAGGGUCUCCUGGAGGUGUAUUACAGGGGUCAGUGGGGGACUGUCUGUGAUGAUGGCUGGACUGAACUGAAUACAUAUGUGGUUUGCCGACAGCUGGGAUUUAAAUAUGGCAAGCAAGCUUCUGCAAACCACUUUCAAGAAAGCACAGGACCUAUAUGGUUGGAUGAUGUCAGCUGCUCUGGAAAGGAAACCAGCUUCCUUCAGUGCUCCAAGAAACCGUGGGGAAGGCAUGACUGCAGCCAUGGGGAAGACGUUGGUAUCACCUGCUUCCCUGGCAGUGAUGGACACAGGCUCUCAUGGGGUUUUCCAAUCAGACUGAUGGAUGGAGAAAAUAAGAAAGAAGGCCGCGUGGAGGUGUUUAUCAAUGGCCAGUGGGGAACAAUCUGUGAUGAUGGCUGGACUGAUAAAGAUGCAGCUGUCAUCUGUCGGCAGCUUGGUUACAAGGGACCUGCCAAAGCAAGAACCAUGGCUUAUUUUGGGGAAGGAAAGGGGCCCAUCCAUGUGGAUAAUGUAAAAUGCACAGGAAAUGAGAGGUCCCUGGCUGACUGCAUCAAACAAGAUAUUGGAAGACACAACUGCCGUCACAGUGAAGAUGCAGGAGUUAUUUGUGAUUAUUUUGGCAAGAAAGCAUCGGGUAGCAUUAAUAAAGACUCCCUCUCUUCUGUCUGUGGCCUGAGGUUACUACACCGUCGGCAGAAGCGAAUCAUUGGUGGGAAAAAUUCCUUAAGGGGCGGUUGGCCUUGGCAGGUGUCCCUCCGACUAAAGUCCACACAUGGUGAUGGGAGGCUUCUCUGUGGGGCCACGCUCCUGAGUAGCUGCUGGGUCCUUACGGCCGCUCACUGCUUCAAGAGGUACGGGAACAGUACGAGGAGCUACGUUGUUCGAGUUGGGGAUUAUCAUACUCUGGUGCCAGAGGAGUUUGAAGAAGAAAUCAGAGUUGAGCAGAUCGUGAUUCACGGAGCCUACCGGCCAAACAGCAGUGACUACGACAUCGCCCUGGUUAGAUUACAGGGGCCGCAGGAGCAGUGUGCCAGGUUCAGCAGCCACGUCUUACCUGCCUGUUUGCCACUCCGCAGGGAGCGACCACAGAAAACUGCCUCGAAUUGUUACAUAACAGGAUGGGGUGACACAGGACGAGCCUAUUCAAGGACACUUCAACAAGCAGCCAUCCCCUUACUUCCCAAGAGAUUUUGCCAAGAACGUUAUAAAGGUCGGUUCACAGGAAGGAUGCUGUGUGCUGGAAACCUCCAGGAACACAGUCGUGUGGACAGCUGUCAAGGGGACAGCGGAGGGCCACUCAUGUGUGAGAGGCCUGAUCAGAGCUGGGUUGUAUAUGGGGUGACCUCUUGGGGAUAUGGCUGUGGUGUCAAAGACUCACCAGGUGUUUAUACCAAAGUCUCAUCAUUUGUACCUUGGAUAAAAAGUGUCACCCAGCUGUAAUCCUUUGUGGAAAACUGCAAUCCCUUUUGACAUUCAGGUUGAGGAUCAGAGACAUUUUGCGUUGUGUUAAGAAUUGUGUACUUCCAUUGCUUGAGAAUGUGAUGUGAACAUUUUUGGUUCCAGAUACCUCAAUGUAAUAUUAGUUUAUCUUAUUUUAUAGAUUUUUAGGUAGAGCUGCUUUUCAUCUAAGCCCACUUUAAUCACGUUUUAGAUAAUCUGCUAAAUAAUCAUUUGCCCUUAACAUAAUGAGAUCCCCUGGCACCCCAAGAACCCAUCCCACAGACUUAAGACUCAAGUCAAAUUAUGUGCUGGGCAUUUGCCGAUAAUGACACUGCCCACUGUCAUCCAUUUUCUCCUUUUCCAAAGCUACUACAUAUCCUCACAGGACAUUUCUGGUAGCAAUGUAUUCUUUGCCCAAACAUAAGACAUCUGAAUUAAUUUGUUAUCCUCUUACAAGUUUAAGGCAGUAUGUAGGAAUAUCUCUUUCCUCAUUCUGCAAUGAUUUUAAUCUUCGCUUUUCUUAAAAAAAAAAAAAAACCCACAAAAUUUUUAACUGGUGCUUACCCAAUGGUGCUUUAUAUUAUUACUUUGUAGAGUAGCCUCAGUCUUUUCCUAAAGGUGUAAAAUAGUAUCAGCAAUUUCUCAGAUGCGAGCUGCAUCAAAUAAACACACAAGGGCCCAGGGAAAAUGUACAGAGGGCAGAACACCAGUGAGCUUGGAUCAUACAAGUACAAGCAACAUGACUUCCUGCUUUUAAGGGUGGAACCCCCGGCAUUACUUGUGAUGACCCCAGUGCUCCAACAACUCCCAGUCCACAAGUAGACAG